CAUUUCAAUUGGCAUCGCUUCAUUCGGCCAUAGACAACACGCUUUUUAGGGUUUGAGUUUCAACUUAGUCCAAGACCAUGGCUGUUUUUGUGAGUGAAGUACAUAUAUAUAUAUCAUUGAAAGCUUAGAUAGUUUGUUAGAUGUACAAAUGCAAUAUUCAGUAUGUAUUUACAAAGAAGGUCUAAAGAAAGAAAUCAAAUUUCUUCAGUACGGCCUGGUUAAGAACAGCUUGCCACACAAAAGCCUGCCUCAUAAAGGCUUGCCUCAGAAGAUCCUGACUCAGAACAGCCUGUCUCAGAACAGCCUGUAUCAUAACGACAUGCUUCAGAAAAGUCUACCUCAGAAAGGUCCGUCUCACACCAGACUUUCUUAGAAAAGUGUGUCUCAAAAAACCUGUUCUGACAGAACUUUCUGAGCAGGCCGUACUGAGGCAGGCCGUACUGACGCAGGCCGAACUGAGGCAGGCCGUACUGAGGCAGGCCGUACUGAGGCAGGCCGUACUGAGGCAGGCCGUACCGAGACAGGCCGUACUGAGGCUGGCCGUACUUUGUAAAGCUGUUCUGACUAACGCCAUUCUAAGUCAGGCUAGAAUGAUUCAGUCUGUUCUGGGGCCGGCUGUUCUGAGGGAGGUCAUUCUGAGACAGGCCUUUCUGAGACGGGCAUUUAUAAGGCAUUCUCUUCUGAGAAAGCCAGUUCCAAGUUAGGCUAUUAUGUAUUAGGCCGUUCUGAGGCAGGCUGUUCUGAGGCAGGCCGUUCUGAGGCAGUCUUUUUUUGAGGUAUUCCUUUCUGAAACAGUCGGUUUUGUAGCUGACUGUUCUGAGCAGGCAAUUUCUUUGCAAGGCGUUCUGUUGCAUGCAGUUUGUAAAGAAGGCCAUUCUUAUGCAAGCUGUACUGAUGUUGCCCAUUCUGGGCUAACUGUUCUGAGAUUGGCGUUCAGAGGCAGGAUGUACUGAGGCAGGCCAUCCAGUGGCAUGCUGUUGUGAGGAAGGCCGUUCUUAAGCAAGUAGUUCUUUGGAAGGUUGUUAAGCGGCAGGCAUUCUUAAGCAGGCUGUUCUGAUGCAAGCCGUUCUGUGUUAAGCUGUUCUGAGAUUUUCGCCCUGAGCUGGGCUGUACUGAUUCACGCCGUAUGGGGGAAGGCUGUUCUGAGGGAGGCUUUUCUGAGAUUGGCUGUAUUAAGCACACUGUUGUGACACAGGCCGUUCUGUGGCAUGGUGUUCCGACGAACUCUGUUCUAAAGCAAGCUUUCUGAGCCCAGCCGUUUCGAGGCAGGCUGUUCUGUGGUAGGCUGCUAUAAGACAGCGCUCUCCGUUUCGGCAGCAUUUAUCGGAACGGGAUUCCAUGUAACAGCCUAUCCCAGAACGUCUGGUCUCAUAUUAGCCAGCCUAAGAACAGUCUGUCUCGCAAUAGCCAGCAUCAUAAUAGCCUGUCUCAAAAGAGCCAAUGUCAGAACGGCCUGUGUCAUAUUAACCAGCCCUAGUAUGGCCUGUCUUAUAAUAGCAAGCCUUAAAACGGCCUGUUUUAUAAUAGCUAGCCUCAGAUGGGCCUGUCUUAUAGUAGCGAUCCUAAUAAAGGCCAGGGCUUGUCUUAUAAUAGCCAGCCUUUAGAACUGCCUGUUUUAUAACUCCCAGACUGAGAAAGCCUGUCUUAUAAUAACCAGACUCAGAAUGACCUGUCUUAAAAUAGCCAGCCUUAAAAUGGCAUGUCUUAUAAUAGCCAGCCUUAGAACGACCUGUCUGAUAAUAGCCAGCCUCAGAACGGCCUGUCUUAUAAUAGUCAGCCUCAGAAACGCCUGCCUUAUAAUAGCCAGCCCUAGAACGGCCUGACUUGGAACAAUUAAUCCAGUUUAAUACAAUUUUAAAAGAAUCUUGUUACUCGUAUGUGGUUGGUACGUUUCGUGUGUCUGCGGGUUACCGUUCACCAUCGUAUUUAUAGUGAGGAAGUUAGAACCUUCCGGAACAGAAAGACCUGACAUUGACUGGUCAGAAAGUAUUUUCUACGUCAAAUUAGUCUUUCUGGAGAUCUCAAACAAACAAUCCCAAUCAAAUUCAGUGGGAGAAAGUAUUGGCAGACAGCCAGAAAUCACAGGACGAUUACCACGCCUUGACACCAAGCAGGGUGAACAAAAACUAGGUCAAAACAGUUUUUAACAGACUCUAUAACAAUCUCUAUUAUAGGCUCUAUAACAUGUUAUAUAAACUAAGUAUAGUAUGCUCUAAACACUCUAUAAUAAGCUCGAUAAAAGGUUAUAUGAAAUUGCUAUACUCUAUAACAUUCCCAUAGUAGAUAAGUAUAUAUUCGAUUAAUGAUACCGAAGCCCUAUUACCAAACCUUUAUACUAGACUGCAAGUGUGAUGUCCUCUUACAAAUGAAGAGUCCCUUAAACUCAAACAAACUUUUCAAAAAUGUGGAUACUUUUAUGUCACCGCAGACAUAUAGAACGUUUACGGCAAACAUACACAUAGCUAACCGAACACACACACAUGGUUAGCCACAUACAAGCACAUGACGUAUCAAACACAUACGCAUAGCUAUCCACAAUAAUACACAGAGCUAACCGCACACAUACACAUUGCUAGCAACAUACAAACACAUGGCUAACCACCCACGUACACAUGACAAAAAACACAUGUACACAUGGAUAUCCGUACACAUACUCAUAGUUAGCCGCAAUAAGAGCAUGGCUAACCGCAAAAACUUGGCUAACCAGACACAUAUUAAAAUGGCUAAACAAACGCAUUUACAUGGCUAACCACACACAGAUAAAUGGCUAACCAGACACAUACAACUAGCUAACCGCACACAUGCCCAUGGCUGACCGCACGCAUACAUCUUACUAACCGCACACAUUUACAUAGUUAACGUCAUAUAUACACAUCGCAAGCCACACACAUAUGCACAGCUUACAACACACAUACACGUAGCUAACCGCACACAUACACAUAUCUAACCACGCACAUGUCAUUGUCUGCCCGCAUGCAUGGGCAUGACUAAUUGCACACACAUACUCAUUACAGUUCGCACACAUACACAUUGAUAACUGCACAUUAACGCGCAGGAAGGGGAUUUUAUUUAAAACUGCCGAGCUUGGAUUUUAAUAUAAUUCUACAUUUACACAGAAAUCUGUUUUGCUGCUCCUUCUAAUGAGCCAUUAUGUCCCGGUGAGCUGUCAAGGUAAGAAGUAUUGUAGUAAGCUAUUACAUCCCGGGGAGUUGUCAAGGUAAGAUUUAUGAUAAUUAGAAAUAUUUUUAUUUUUAUUUUUUUUUUAACAAUGUAUAUUUGAACAUUCGUUUUCCUUUUUAAAUGUGUCAUUCAAAUUGAUGUAGGCUUUUACUUUAAGAGUUGACAUGUUGUACACAGCCCAGUUUCGUGGUUCAAUGUGUUGUAGGCCUCGUUUCAACUUGGUGUAAGCUUUGGUUCAACUUAAUUAGGGGCAAUGUUUAACAUUAUGUAGGACUUAGUUAAACUAGGCAAAUGUCAUGGUUCAAAGUGACGAAGGCCUUUGUUCAACUUCAUGUAGGCCUUGGAUUAACUAGAUGUAGACGUUUUUUUUAAACGUAAUGUAGACUUUAGUUAAAUUUGAUAAAGAUUUUGGUUCAACUUGAUAAAGGCCUUGGUUAAAGUUGAUGUACGCCUUGGUCAAACUUGAAGUAGGCCUUGGUUCAACUUAAUAUUGGCCUUGGUUCGACUUGAUACAGGCAUUGGUUCAACUUGCUGAGGGGCCUUGGUCCAACUUGAUGUAAUUCUUGGUAAAGUUUGGUGCAGGCCUUGUUAAACAAACUUGAUUAAAGCCGAGGCUUAAUUUGAUGUAGCCCUCUUUUCAACUUUUGUGUUUGUUGCGAAACUCAUUUUUUUCCCGUCACUAUUUUAUAUUUAUUUAUAUUAAAUUAUAAAUGUUAACCAACGUCUUCUAAAAUUAUUGUUUUUAAAUUUUUGUUAAGUACAUUUUUUUUUAAAAUCAGUUAAUCUUUGCCUUCUUUAGUAGGAGCUGUUGCAUCUCCUUAGAGGGGUCAUUCAACCAUAAACUUAUCCACGCUAAAUGAAAAAUUAAAAAGUAAAAAAAAAUUGUCCAUAAUGAUGUUAAAAUAAAUAUAGAAAUAUAUACCAGACUUUACACAUGAAUUAAAUCAAAUUGUUCUUUUCACUAAUUUGAUAUAAUAUAUACAUUUAUUGAAAUUAAGCGUUUACAGAAUGUUAGGUAGGCUGAGGAUACCAUGUCAAUGUAAAUUUAAAUAUUUGCUUGGGCAUCAGAUACGACGCUUCCAUUACCCUGUCGAUCAUUAUUUUAAAGUAUUUAUUUUUCAAUUUUAUUAGUGAUAAAAAUGUUAAUAAUAGUCAUAUACAUUCAUUACAGAUCCAAAUCCUUGUCAACGUAUAAAAAACGGCAAAGUUCGCCACCCUACAUCCUGUAACAAGUAUUAUGAUUGCGCCAAUCACAGGGCAAAGCAAAAAACCUGCAAGAGAACAAAACACUACAGCACCAAGGUAUACGUUAAUUAUAGAACACCACAGCACCAAGGUAUUAGUUAAUUAUAGAACACCACAGCACCAAGCUAUUAGUUAAUUAUAGAACACUACAACACCAAGGUAUUAGUUAAAUAUAGAACGUUUAUAUUUACAAACACAUAAGAUUCAUUUUUACCUCAUUUCUGUUUUUUUAAUUUAACCAAAGCCUGGUCAAAUACAUUUAUGUUAGCAGUCAUUGACAGUCUUAGGUUUUCUGAACUUUCCAUACGGGUGCCACGGACUGCUUAUUUUUAGCCAAUCAAUAUAAAAACAAACAUUUAAAAAAAAAUGUUUUGAGUAGAUGGCUUGUAUCUGCUAAUUUAUUUGUAGUUAAAUAUGUCCGUCGUUAGAAUUAUCUAAACAAAAAAGUAUACUUUGAAAGGAGAUAAUAUCCUCAUCUAAAAAAUAAAUAGAUUCCACCUCAGAUAAUAGGUCUGUGAUUCAAAUGCUAAGUUAUUUGGAUCAUAAAAACGUGCCACCUUUGCAUGAAGUCUAGAUGCUGAUCAAUAUUUGUUGAAAUGUUUAAAUGUACAAAAUAAAUUAAGUAAAUGGUUCACAAAACUGAUCAAAAUAUCUGAUCACCUGCAUAAAGGUAAGCUUUUGAAUAUAAUCAAAUUCGUAUUUUGUCUACGUGAAACUUGGUGGAAUUAUCUUACAUCAAGUUGAGCCAAGGCCUACAUCCUGUUGAGCUAUUGGAAGCAAUUUAUCGUACAUCAAGAUGCACCAAGACCUAAAUCAUGUUGAUCCAAUUGAAGCAAUUUAUCGUACAUCAAGUUGAAUCAUGUGGAACAAAUUGAAGCAAUUUAUCUUACAUUAAGUUUAACCAAGGGAUACAUCAUGUUGAAACAAUAAAAGCAAUUUAUUGGCUGAAGAUGGGCGAACAGUUCUAAUUUGGCAGGUGUCCUGGCCGUUACAUUAGUAGUUCUGAGGCAGCCUGGCGCAUCUUCUGUUUCCCCAUUCAUGAACGUUACCCCCCGGUCGUUCAUCUUGCUGAACAUCUUGAGAACGGACAAAGAAUUUACUUCACACAGGCCAAUGUUGUCGAUAAAGUAAGCAAUCCACCACAGUCGACUCUUUAAGCGUUCUUUUAACUCUGUAACCACGAUGAUUUUGCAAAAGAAAUUUAUUAUUAUGAAAUUGCGUCAUAUUAUCUAUGGACAAACAACAUGUUUUGUCGAAGGAAGCAGGGGAAAAUUGUGCCAGAGGUUUUGGGUUUAAAAAAUGAUAAUGUGCUGGGUCAGGUCUACACUGUGCACCCGAAUAACUCAGAAUGUUACCAUCUUCGAUUGCUGCUCCAAAAUCAAAGGUCCCACAUCGUUCGAAUAUCUGAGAACAGUUGAUCGUGUUCUUCAUUCAACAUGUAAGUCGGCCUGCACGGCACUGCCAAACCCAUGGGUUUGUUACAGGACGACAAAAACUGGGACGAGACUCUACAGGAAGCUGCUCUCUCUCUCUCUCGCUCACCUCAAAAGAUCCGUGAGCUCUUUGCUGUCAUGCUGGUCUUCUGCCAAAUGGAAAACCCCUUAAAACUAUGGGAAAAACAUAUAGACAUCAUAUCAGAAGAUGUUACGAGACAGAGUGAAGGACACCAUGUAGAAACAGAAGACCACCAGCACUUACAUUUGAUCUAUACAUGGUUUCUGUAGUUGCUUGAAAACUACGUGAUUGCUAUUGGAGGUCAACCUCUUGAUCAUUACGGUUUGCCUUCACCUUCCAUAGUACAUGCAGAAGUCACGUCAAAUCCCGAAUACUUGAAAGAGACAUCUUACAACACCUCGCAACUGGCCAACAUAGUUACUGAAAACGAGCUGCUGUUAAAUGUUCAGCAAAAGACAGUUUAUGACAAGGUCAUGAGGAGCGUUGUCUCGGCCACAGGCACGAUGUUUUUUUUUUUUUUUUUUUUUUUUUUUUUUUAUGCUCCAGGCGGAACUGAUAAGACAUUCCUCAUAAACCUCAUGAUUGCGAAAAUCCGAGCGGACGGAAAUAUUUCUAUAGAUGUGGCUUCAUCUGGUAUCGCUGCCACUCUUCUACAGGGCGGAAUAACUGCUCAUUCGGCUUUUAAGCUACCCCUGAACCUCAGCCAUACUGAAUCUCCCUCUAUGUGUAACAUAUCAAAGCAGAGCAACAUGGCUGAAGUGCUCAUACAUUGUAGGCUUAUUGUCUGGGAUGAAUCCACUAUGGCACACAGAGGGGGUGUUUGGGCUUUUGACAGGACCCUCAAAGAUAUCCGUCACAUCAUCAAACUAAUGGGUGGGGGGGGGGGUUUGAUAGUUCUGCUGGCUGGAGACUUCCGCCAAACUCUACAGGUCGUGCCAAGAGGAACACGCGCUGACGAAGUUAAAGCAUGUCUUAAAUCUUCAUACUUUUUGCCUCAAAUCAUUGUUCUUUCUUUGACAUUAAACAUGAGAGUUCAUUUGAAAGGCGACAAAAAAGCCGCAGAAUUCUCUGCUUUUCUGAUGAGUACCGGUGAUGGCAGCUUCAGACAAGAAAAUCGUAAAAUUACUAUUCCUUAAAAUCGCUGUCUCCUCGUGAAUACCUUACCAGACUUGCUUAAACAUGUUUACCCCACUCUACGAAAUCUCCAUGAAAAAGACGUGUCAUGGUUAAGGGAGAGUAAUUAAUAAGUCUCAAGGACAGACCCUACAAAAAGAUUGCAUUGAUUUGAGGCAGGAUUGCUUUUCGCAUGGCCAACUAUACGUUGCAUGCUCAAGAGUGAGCUCAGCGCACAACUUGGUCAUACUACAACCGGAAGACCAAACUGACAAAGUGGUAUACAAAGUGAUCCUUAACAUAAAACCAUUAGUAACUUUUCGCUCAAUUUUGUAUUAAUUUCUUAACAUUUUUUCUUUAAAAAAUGCUCUUCUCUGCGAAGCGCGGGUAUUUUGCUAAUAUAUAUAUAUAUAUAUAUAUAUAUAUAUAUAUAUCUUCUUCUUCUAUAUCUUAAGGGCCCACGAUCAAUUUAUUGAUCAUUUUGGCUCCUAUGCAUGUAGAUGGGAUUUGCAAUGUUUCUGUUCCUGGUGUUGAUGAGGAAAUUUCACAGAUUUCCAGUGACCACGAUCAAUUUAUUGAUCAUUUUGGCUCCUAUGCAUGUAGAUGGGAUUUGCAAUGUUUCUGUUCCUGGUGUUGAUGAGGAAAUUUCACAGAUUUCCAGUGCCACUUUGUGAGGGAAUCAUGCACUGGGGGUUUGAAGGCUUGAGGCAAUAGACACAAAUGUGUCUAGUGUUGUCGCCUCAACCGUUCCCUUUGAAAGAUUGUUCCAGUCCCUGAUUGUCUUGGGCAGGAAUGAGCAGCUCCUAUACUGGCUUCUUGCUGGUAUGAGCCUGAAUUGCCUGUCAUGGCCUCGUCGCUGUCUAUGGGGGAGAGGUACGAGUUUCUGUUUAAUACUGGUAUAUAUAUAUAUUUAUUUUGAUAACUAUUUGUCCCUAGUAAUCAUAUUAUAUUUUUUGUAUACGUAAACAUGAUCAUUAAUGCAAUUUUAAAGAAAAUCUUAUUUUUUGCUUUUAUGUAGUUGUUAUUCCCCAUUCAUCUACUGCAUAAUCAUAUUGAAGCAAAUUUGAUUUUAUCUAUCGUUUCAACAUUUUUCUUUAGGCAAGGGGCUGUGUCCCAAUACAUCAAUCCAAUUGUGUCAUAACGACAACCACUGUACCAACGACACAAGGUUUUGAUUUUAAUGAUUGAAAUUAUUUAUGAAAAGAUUUAAGAAACAUGAUACGCAAUUAAACAAAUCAAACAUCGUGAAAUGUUUAGAACUAUUCAAUUAAAGAUUAAUAUUUGAUGUAUCAAUGUAUUAUCAUUAGCUAAUUCAAAGAGAAAUAUUGUAUAUGAGCAUAAUAUUAAAAGCAUAUGAACCCCCUUUAAAGGAGUUAAAAUAUACUGAAAAUGAAUUACUUUUGUGACUAAGUUAAAUUGUAAAAAAAAAAAAAACUAAAAACAAAUACUGCCAAUAAUUUGAUUUAGAAUAACAUAUUGUAUAAAUAUCGGUUGUAAAAUAUUUCCUUUUCCUAACCUGAAGACACACACACACACACAUGUGCAUGUUAUUUCUGUAACCUGUUAAUUACAAUUUAACUAUUGCUUAAAGUGGCUGCGCCAUGUUCUUGAUUCUUAUACUAAUGGACUGAACUUCAUCCUUCAUUCGGUAGAUGUCCAUCGAUUUUUAUUCUCAGUACGAGCUGAGUACUCUUUAUUCACAUCAUCCGGUAGAUUUCCGUAGUUUCUUAUUGACAGUACUAGCGGGCUACACAUAUAGAUUUUUAUAGCUACUUCACGGAUAAACUCAAAGAAUCGUUUGCACGACUAUGAAAUUUAGUUGACAUAAAGUUUUUAUUGACUUCUCAUUUAAAAGUGUAUUGGCAAAUCAUGUCAAUUUGAACUAUAUAAAAUAAUAAUUUGAACAUAAUUUCUUGUAAUGGGAAAAGUGUUUUAUUAAUGAAAACGGAAUAGAAGAAAAGAGAUAAACUGAAAAGUCGAUAAAGAGAUGUCUAUUUUUUAACAUGUUUGUUCUAUGCGUAUUGUGUUUCGGCUGCCUGGAUCUGUAUCUUUACCUGGAUCUGAAUCUGUACCUGGAUCUGAAUCUUUACCUGGAUCUGAAUCUUUACCUGGAUCUGAAUCUUUACCUGGAUCUGAAUCGUUACCUGUAUCAGUGCCUAGUAGGUAAAAUUUAAUUACAUUUCUUUGGAGUUGUGUUUAUUAAAAUCCCAAAAAUUAAAAAAAAUAUAUUUACCUUUAAUUCAAAUAAGUAACUUUGUCUUGCAUGUUUGUUUGUUUUUUUUGUUGGAUAAAUAAAGGGUAACUUAAAUUAUGUGUGUUCCAUUUUAACCCUUAUAAACUUAACAUAUAAAUAAUUUACACAUACGUUUAUUUAAAAUGUUUUAGAAAUUUUAAUUUAAAAUUUUCAAUCAAAUGUUUUAUUAAAGCAAAAAAAAAAAUAAUAACUUUAUUUAGUAAAUUCUUGUUCAUACUAUGAAUAAAUUGUAGAUGAACAAUCCUAUUAAAACUGGAAUAAAUUCAACUGUAAACAGAAAUUAGGAGAUGUAGAUUAAAACUGUCUUAAAAAGUGGUAAGCUUUAAAAAUAAAGUUGAAAUAAAAUCACAAUUUAAAAAUAAAAUACAUCUAGAAAAACUUAUGCCGAAAAUUACAAACAUUCAAUAAAAGUUACAAAUUUGAGUUGAUAAAAUACCCAACAAAUAAUCCUAAGAAACAAACAAAUGGCCGUAAAAUUUCAUUUUUUCGAAUAAUGUUUCUUUUUUUUUUUUUUAUUCUAACGUAUCAUUCACAAGGAGAAACUUACCUUGAGACGAUUUUUAUUGCAAAGAAUACAAACAAAAUAGUUUUUUUUUUUUACAUUUAAACAAAACUUAUUUAAAAAAAAACAGAAUAAGAUAAUAUUAAUUUACAUUCAUUUUUUCGAAUAAUGUUUCUUUUUUUUUUUAUUCUAACGUAUCAUUCACAAGGAGAAACUUACCUUGAGACGAUUUUUAUUGCAAAGAAUACAAACAAAAUAGUUUUUUUUUUUUACAUUUAAACACAACUUAUUUAAAAAAAACAGAAUAAGAUAAUAUUAAUUUACGUUCAGAUCAAUAGGAGUCCACUUUACUGAAAGUGAUGUACUUUUACAAUAUGUUUAAAACAAAUCACUUCUCCAAGUGACGUAUUCAAUUUGGUGCCAAUAGGUCUUUAAUAGUAUAAUAAAAUACAAACUCAAGUCUGUGGUCUUCGUGAAAACUAAAAUUGAUGCAUCAUUCUGCAUUCGUUUUAUACCCGACAUCACAUGCUCACUCGCUCCAGUUCUCCAACCAAUAUUCACACUUUUUACUUUAAAAAUUCUAAGCUAGUUUGUGCUAUUGUUCUGUCUCGACUAUUGUAACACUCUUCUUUAGGGUUCACAAAAACAUUUAAUUGAAAAACUGCAGAAAAUUCAAAACUCAGCUGUUAGGUUAAAUCUAAAGGCAAAGAUACGUGAUCACGUCAGUCCACUACUGCACUAACUUUAUUGGCUCCCUUUUAAGGCACGCAUUGAUUACAAGCUGUCUGUUCUCUGUCACAACUUUUUCUUUGUUUCCUGUCCUUCCUAUAUUACGUAACUCUUACUGUCUAUUCACCCCGUCGAAUGCUUUGUUCCUCCCCAGACACGCGUAUUCUUUAUUUUCCCAAAGCAUGCACUUAAACAUGUGGAUAACAUUCUUUCUAUUUCUUAUCCCCAAAAGAAUGCAAGUCUCUCCCAUUACACAUCCUGAAUAUAACGACCAUCCCAGCCUUCAAAACUUCACCCAAGUCCCAUCACUUUAAACUGUACUAUACCGACUCAUUCUCAACCCUUGCUGACUGAUAAACAACGCUCGGUUCUGCUGGGUGCUGCCCAUGGUUAGACAGGGGUAGAGAGUACUUGGGUGGGUGAGGUCAAGCUUUUCACAAAUUGUUUUUAAAUGUAAACGUUUCAGUAAUCGCUAAUUUUCAAGAUAAGCGCACUGAGCCGACCGAAGGCUGGGGUACUGCGCUAUAUAACAUCUUAAUAAUAAUAAUAAUAAUAAAACUAAACACGUCCAACACAGCACAAUCAGGUCACACAAUUCAAUCAAUACAGGAAACAAUAAUGGUCUGUCAUUCCUACUGUCACACAAUUCAGCUAACUAGUUCUGUAUUCAGUCACAGUAAAAGUACAAUUUAUGAGACAUAGGUAUACUUAAUCUAUAAAAACAAUGUCUGUGCCUUCUAAAUACUUCUAUACAUCUCACAUGCAUGGCCACCAUGUUGACCGCAGCAUACCUAAUCUAUAAACACAAUGCCCGUGUCUUCUAUACAUCUAACAUGUUCAGCCCCCCCCCCCCCCCCCCCCCCCAUGUUUUCUAUCUCUAUUCUUUACGCAAUUUUAGCGUUCAGAUCACUACAAACACCCAAAUUAUACGAAUCACUAUAAAAGUAUCAAUACAUUUAAAACUUUACAUUUACACCCAAUAAAUUAUAAAUCUAUAAAUGUAUACUUAUUAAUGUACAGCCAUACAUUAACACCAGUACAAUUACACCGUUACAUUUACACUGAGAUAUCUUUGUAUUCCCAUACAUCAAUGCAAAAACCGAGUCGAUAAAAAGAUGAUGCUUUAGUUAACAUAUAAAAUAUAAGUGAUUGUGUAUGUUACCAAUGAACUUGAAAGAUAUUGCUUUAGUGUAACAGAGAAAUAUAAAUGAUUAUGUUUGCCACCAUUGAACUUGCGAAAAUUCUCUUUCAGACUCAAUUCCCACAAAUUAACUUUCAAUAUUUAUACUUUUUAUUUUUUAUUUGACACAGCAUGUACUCCUAACGAGGAAAGUCUGAAAUUGUUGAACAAAUUUGAACAUUUUGGUAAGACAUACUACAUCUCAAAAGAAACUUACACUUCGGAUAUUGCAUCUGCCGCUGUGUGUGAAUCAUUAUGUGGAUACCUCGCCGAGGUGGACGAUAAGUCGGAAGAAGAAAUAAUCCACAAAAUGAUACUUGAUAAUAACGCCAAGGGCGCCCUAGUUGGAGGGACAGACAAGCACAAGGAUCGUGUUUGGGAGUUUGACAGGAGCAGGGGAAAACUGCAGUACAUCAACUGGUGCCCAGGGCAACCCAAUAAUUAUGGAGGAAUACGUGAACAAUGCGUGUCGUAUACUUACUUGGAAACAUGCAUGCACGAUGCACCAUGUGAACCAGGUGCUUCUGGAAGUCGUUACAUAUGUGAAUCAGAUUAAAGCAACAACAAAGGCGUCUUUUAAGAUAGCUUAAAAGUUGGCCUACAAAUGUUUCGGUAUUGUGUUUCAAUCACCAUGUAAGCAAAUAUUUGAUUUAGUUUAUGUAAGAUUGAAUUUUUUUUUUUUAAUUACACAACGGAAUUGUUAAUGAACGAGACUGCAACUUUUUUUGAUGCUGAAACAAAAUUAUUUGAAGAUUUUUUAAAAAUUUCAUAGAUAAUAAUGAAGAAUAACUUUAAAAAAUAGUAUACAACUUUCUUUAAAUUAUCAAAGAUAGAAGAUUGUGUUCUUUGAAUCAUGCAGGCCUAAAAUAAUAUUAUGAAAGUUAAGUUGUAUUUCCGCCCUUUUUAAAUAUAUAUUUUUUUUUAAAAAGCUUGAGGUUUCAUCACAAAAUAUAGUCAACC